AUGGGUCGUGUUAAACUUCUGAUUAAAAAGAUUGAAAAUACUACGAAUCGCCAAGUUACAUUCUCAAAGCGAAGGAAUGGACUUAUCAAAAAGGCUUAUGAGCUUUCAAUAUUAUGUGAUAUUGAUAUUGCACUUAUCAUGUUUUCGCCUUCUAAUAAACUUAGUCAUUUUUCUGGCAAAAAAAGAAUUGAAGAUGUAUUAUUGCGUUAUGUUCAGCUUUCAGAUCAAGAUAGGGGGACUUUUAUUCAUGACAGACAGUAUGUUAUAUCCCUACUCAAUAAGCUGAGGAUGGAGAAUGACAUCGCUCUACAACUUGCAAAGCCAACAGGAUCUAAUUCAAAUAUAGAGGAACUUCAACAAAAAAUAAUUAAUUUACGACUAGAAUAUGAAAGAAUUGAAAAUCAAUUAAGAAUUUUUAAACCUGAUCCAUCCACUUUCACAACAUUGGGCGACGUAUUAGAUUCGACUGAGAAGACUCUCCUCGAGACUUUAUCACGCAUCUCACAAAGGAAGAAUUAUUUGAUGAGCAGUCAUCUAUCGAGCUAUGACCCUUCAGGCGUUCAGAUUGGUUUAUUGGAUACAAAUCAAGCAAUCCAUUCAUCUUUUGAGGAAAUACCUUGGUUCUCAAAUAAUAGUCAGAACCCAAGCCAAAUUUUCACUAGUCCCGACCCAUCUAAUACUAUUCCUAUGAGGGCAAGCCAUUCCUCAGCCUCAGCAUCAACAUCUAAAGCAUUAACCCAUGAGCAAGAUGAGAUUAACAAUCAGAUGAUAAGUCAGACAAUUGCUCCUCAUCAUCAACAACAAGAACAACAACAACAACCGCAACUACAUACGGUUCAUGAUGAUCCAACUGGUGGAAUUCCUGCAUGGACUCCGGGUUAUAGUACAAAUGAACUUCUAGAUGCUUUAUUUCGAACUUCUAUCCCCACAUUCUGUUCACCUACUAUCGAGGAAGUGAUGGGAAUGGACGUACCAGGGGGUGUUGGUGGAUCAAAUGUUAGAGCAUCAGGACAUGAAGCAGAUCAUGGGAUUACAACAAUUGGAUCAGGUGGUGUUGGAGGAGAGCAUAGGGUUCAAUGCAGUGAAGAUUCUUCUGUUGCUGAUCAUCACUCCACUGCUAAUGCAUCUAAUUUUGACAAUAAAAUUCAACAAUUCAAUUGGCAAUUAUGAUCACUCCACAACUAUUGUUACAACUAACUUUUUACCAC